UUAAAAUCAGUGAUAGCAUCCUAAAUGCAUUUUAGUUCUAGUGUAAAGAAGAAGAAAGUUUUUGUGUGUUUUUUUUCUCUCUUUGGUGCACUUGAGCACCAAUCAAGUAGUUUGUCAUUCACUUAUUUUUGUUGCUUUUAUAUUGCUGCUCAUAGCUUUCAUGUGGUCUGUAGACUAGGUGUCUGAAUCAACAGAGACGGACUGUGAUCAUGUCUGGAUUGGACUGUGCUGUCGCUCAGUUACGAGAAGUGUUCAAGAGGGCAAUGAUAGCAUCAUAGUGUGGAAUCAAAGCUCUCUUUGCAGGAGUACCAGUGAGGCCAGAUAUAAAGUGCAGUCAUAAAUUGAUUUGUUGUCCAAAGUGAAAUGCUUUUGAUGGUUUCCUGUGGUCUGAAAAUUUAGCCUCCGACAGCACACAAGCUGACGUCAGAUUUUUUGAUACAUAGGCUGAAUAUCAUGGCGCUGAUUACAGAAAAUGUGGUAUAUAAUCUAUUUGACAUAACACAUCCCUAAACUACCCAAUAAAACAACACAGACUAAGAUCCUUUCUUAUUGGGUCACAAUAAACUGCAGUGUGUGUACUGUAGCAGAGCAGUUUCGUCAAAGGAUUGGCUAUGAGACUAGUCUGACAUUGCACAUCUGUAAUUGUUAUCAUGAGGAACACAUGAUGUGUAUGAGCGAAUGAGGGAAGGAAGCUCUAUCAAGGAUGGUAAUACAGAGGAAACGUGCCUUUGAUAUAUUAAAAACAUUGGCUGAUUCGCAGCAUGUUCAUCCGUUACUGUUCAGGUACAGUUACAGGAGGAGAAACCCUGGAAGCUUCACAUCGGAUUCACUCAUGGAUCUCACCCUAGACUUACCCUGCAGAUGUCCUCGCUGUGGUGAGGGCAUCUUCAAGAUGAAAAGUAACUGGAAGACCACCAAGAUGCUGGGAUUGAUGAUGUUAGCAAACUUCCUCAUCUACAUUGCGGUGGAAGUGUCCAGAAGCUAUGGGCAGGGGCAAGACAUCAACAAACGACGGAGACUGACGACCAAAAAGUUCUGGAAGAAGCCGGAGUCCAGUCCGGCGUUCUGGAAUCGCGAGCAGGAGCGUCUCGAUGAUAUCUACUUCCUGCCGCUUGCUAAUGGCAGUGAGGCCCCGCGUGACUUCAGAGGAAUCCCACGCUGGCUGAAUCACAUGAGUUCUUGCAAGCCGGACAGCAGGGUGACAACAGAGAUUGAAGACUUUAAGUCCCUACCACAGCGAUUCCAGGACUUCUUGUUGUACAUGGGAUGUAGGUCAUAUCCCUUGAUAAUGGAUGCACCCAAAGUCUGUUCUGAACCACCAUACCUCUUACUAGCAGUGAAAUCCAUUGCGCCACAUUUCGACCGACGGCAGGCCAUCCGGGAAUCAUGGGGCCGUGCUGGGAUCUUCGACGGCGAGCGAAUUGCGACAGUAUUCCUACUUGGCACCACGGCAGCGACGGACCACUUCCCUGACUUUUCAGACAUGGUCAAGCACGAAGCGGCGUUGUACGGCGAUGUCCUGCAGUGGGAUUAUCGAGACACGUUCUUCAAUCUCACCUUAAAGGAAGUCCUCUUUCUGGAGUGGUUUGGGAGCCAUUGCGCUUCUGCCAAGUAUGUGUUUAAAUGCGACGACGACGUUUUCGUCAAUACGCAGCAUAUGCUGGCUUACUUAGGCAACUUUUCAGUGUCCAAGACAAAGGAGAUUUUCAUUGGCGAUGUGAUCACUAAUGCUGGACCACACCGGACCAGACACCUCAAGUAUUACAUCCCUGAGAGCCUGUUUCGUGGGAUUUACCCUCCAUACGCAGGUGGCGGAGGAUACCUGUAUUCAGGUAGUCUGGGGCUGCGGUUAAGAAUGAUCUCUCGUCUGGUCACGUUGUACCCGAUUGACGAUGUGUUUACAGGGAUGUGUCUGAAGAGACUGGGACUAGUACCGGAGAAACACAUGGGCUUUAAGACUUUUGAUAUUGAGGAGAAGCACAGAGAGAAUCCUUGUGCUUACAAAAGUCUGAUUCUGGUCCAUCCCAGGAGCCCACAGGACAUGAUAAAGAUCUGGUCUUGGAUUAAUGACCCUAAAGCGAAAUGUUGCAUCAAAACUACACUGGACACAAAGGGCGCGAUGCCAAGCAGCAAAUGCAAAUAAAACAUAAUGACUGCAAACUGAUGCCGUCUUAACAAAAAUAGAGCUAACAAAAAAGUGUUCCAAGUUAUAUUUUAAUGUUCUCUGAAUAUCCAGGUUUUUUAUUUUAUUUUUUUAUAAAUGCUUUUUUCUUCGGAACUUAGGAACACUUAGGAACAUCCAAUUAUAUCAUUUUGCAAACAUCAUGGUAAUGUUACAUUUGAAUGUUCUCUGAACAUUCUAAAACAAUUUUUUUUUUUAACGGAUAGUUCCGAUGCUUGAUUCUGAUUGGUUAAGUCGCG